CCGAAAAAAACGAACCGAACCGAAACCAACCCGAUAUCCGGAUUGAACACCCGUAAUCCAAAUGAAGCCAAACUAUUGUUUCAUUCUCCAAAAUAUAAUAAAAAUAAUAACUUAAUCCCGCGCAAGGCGCGGAUCUUAUCCUAGUUUGUUAUAUAACUUGAACUAUAUCUUUUGACUUUGAAAAAAUGGUAAGAGGAUUUCUAGAAUUCGACUUUUUAAUUCUGCUGAUGAUAAUGACAGCUAACAUGUUAUCUCCAGAUCAGUAUCAAUACAAAGACAAUAGUCUGUCUCCUACAAAUCAAUACGUUAAUAUGAUGUCUACUGUACGUAACGUAAACAUGGUACUAUGCCACUAGGUUGGUAUACAAAAACUACUAAAAAGAAAUACUAUAAAAAGAUGUAGAAGUUCCUUUGCUGAUGGAAUUAUAGUUACGAACACUCUCUAGUACACUGUACAAUGUACACUGGUAUCUUUCUGACGUACUUUGAUUUUGUCAAAGUGGUUGUAUUUUUGGUUUUGUCUGCGUAACCAAGCAAUUGUCGUCCACCAAUUAAAAUAGAACCGGCCAACCUGCUCAGAAUUUUAGGAAGCCUUUCAUUUUUUGUUGACUUGCUUGUAACGCUAUAAACUCUGCAUCGUUUCUAAUUAAGAAGCGAGACACAGUCAGUCACUAAGCCUCUUGAUAGUGUUUCGGGUUUUGGAGGCGCCAUGGAGACUCCACAUGCGAAGGAGCUGCUGAAGAAGAUGCAAAAGCUAGAGGAAAGUCAGGAACAUCUUAAGCAAGAGAUGUCAAGACUCAAGGUAUCCACAGAGCUUAAACAGCGAUCACCUUCCGCGUCGGCGAGGAGAAACAUAGGAGCUCCAUCGUGGAGGGAGAGCAGUGCCACCUCGUUUCGCCACGCUUCACCGUUGCAUGAUGCUAUAAAUUUGAAAGUUGGAGUCUGUGGAGGAGCGGGACCAUCGGCCCUGAAGUUCACAAACAAACAAUACUUGAAUAUACUUCAGUCGAUAUCACAAUCUGUCCAUGUCUUGGAUCUAAAACUGCGAAUCAUCUUUUGGUAAGUGUUAUGAAUGAACGUGAAUUAACCAUGAAGAAAGCAAAAAAAUUUAAGAGAAGCAAAAAUUUGUUUAAAGUUUGUAUAUUAAUUAAUAGUUUAAUAGGAUUGACCCGUAUUAUAUAUAAUACUAUCUGAAAAACUCGAUACUGUUUUUCCUUAUAAAAAUAUUCUUAUCUCACUAAAUAAAAUUUUAUUAAUCUUAAAAAGCAUACUGCGGAGAUUUUAGCUACUUUCACAAUUACUAGCAAGUAGAGAUUUUAUGUAAUGACUGGUAUGUCUUCAGAUUCCAACGUGAUGUCAUCAUGAUUGUUCCAGGAAUGCAAUGUCGGAAAAGCAAUUUGGUUACACCGCUAAAGAAGUAGUUGGUCAAGACCCAAUUAAUGUAAUGGUAGAAGAUCGAGAUGCUGCCUUUGCCAUGAAUGUUGCUCAACGUUGUGUCAGAGGAGAGAGCUGGACCGGUGAGUUUCCUGUCAAGAGCAAAUCAGGGAAGAUAUUUUCAGCUGUGACUACGUGUUCCCCGUUCUAUGAUGAUGACGGUUCAUUGGUUGGGAUCAUUUCCAUCACAAGUGACAUAGCACCGUAUCUGCACUCAAGAAUCUCUUUGUCUAAAUCAAAACAAGGUGAAACGAUCUCUAGCCCUGCAAGGAAUAGUUUUGCCUCCAAACUUGGCAUUAACUCUCAUCAGCCUAUACAAGCUGCUCUGGCAUCAAAAAUAUCAGAUUUGGCAUCCAAGGUGAGUAACAAGGUCAGGUCGAAAAUGCGAGGAGGUGAGAGUAGUGCCACACUCUCUGAGGGUGGCACUUGGGAUAGUCAUCAUUCAGAUCAUAAUGUCUUCGGUGUUACUCUCUCUGACCACAGGGACGAUGCAGCACCAAGUGGUGCUAGCUCACCUAGAGGGGAUUUUAUCCAGUCUCCUUUUGGUGUAUUCACUUGUAAAGAUUGUACUGAUGGAAAGACUGCAAUCCAUAAGAUUCGCCCCUCAAAAUCUGAAGAAUGUUUGGUAAAUAAAGGUUUUUCAUGGCCAUGGAAAGGUAAUGAGCAGGAAGGUUCAAAAGGAAGGCCAGCUCAUUAUGUAAGGUCUUGGGUACAUAAUGAUCAAGAGAAAGAUAAGUCUCACCAGACUAAUCCCUUUUCUGGUGCUACAUCUGAAAGUAAUAAGCCUACCAUUGACGAGAGUGGUAGUUUUUGGUCUUCCUCUAUGAAUGCAUACAGCACAAGCAGCGCUACUAGUUGCGGAAGUACUAGUAGCAGUGUGAGGAGCAAAGUUAAUAGUGAUAGUGAUUGCUUGGAAUAUGAAAUUUUAUGGGAUGAUUUGAAAAUUAAAGAACAAAUUGGAAAAGGUUCAUGUGGAACUGUUUAUCAUGGUCUCUGGUUUGGAUCUGAUGUAGCUGUAAAAAUGUUCUCCAAACAAGAAUAUUCAGAAGAGGUCAUGCAAUCUUUUAGGCAAGCGGUAUCGUUGAUGAAAAGACUUAGACAUCCUAAUGUCCUGCUGUUUAUGGGAGCUGUGACUUCACCUCAGCGUCUCUGUAUAGUGUCUGAGUUCCUUCCACGUGGAAGUCUCUUUCGUCUACUACAGAGGGGCACAUCACAACUGGAUUGGAGGCGGCGUAUUCGUAUGGCAUUGGACAUUGCUUGCGGUAUGAAUUAUCUUCACUGUUGUAGUCCACCUAUCAUCCAUCGUGAUCUGAAGUCGUCAAAUCUUCUGGUAGAUAGGAACUGCACCGUUAAGGUAGCUGACUUUGGUCUUUCACGUAUCAAGCAUGAGACAUACCUAGCCACCAAGUCCGGAAGAGGAACGCCUCAAUGGAUGGCACCAGAAGUUCUUCGAAAUGAGUCUGCUAAUGAGAAGUCUGAUAUCUACAGCUUUGGGGUAGUACUCUGGGAGCUAGCCACUGGGAAGAUCCCAUGGGAAACUCUCAACUCGAUGCAGGUGAUUGGAGCUGUGGGGUUCAUGAACCAGAGGCUGGAAAUUCCAAAGGACAUUGAUCCUCUUUGGAUCUCAUUAAUGGAGAGCUGUUGGCACAGAUGUUCAUAUUUCACGGCUAAUGCUGACACUUAAUCAAUCUGUGUUUCUUCUAUUUUUGGUUUAUUCCGCACGGCAGACCACGGCCUAUAGGAACCGAUACAACGCUGAGACCUACAUUCCAAGUACUGAUGGAGAGACUAAGAGAUCUGCAAAGGAAGUAUACAAUACAGUUCCAAGCUACUUGUGCCGUCUUUACCUGACAACGAUAUAGUUGCAAGAUAAAGCUAGUUCGGAAAACAUCUGAUGUUAUAAAAUAAUUGUCAUGGAGAAAUAGUUUGUCCACUAUAUUCUUCUCUGAAGUUUAAAUAUAAUCUGACCUUAUAUUCAACUAACACGUCUCAAUCUCAAAA